AAAUAGUGUUCACUUAUCAUCAUCAUUAUCAUCAUCUGCAUCAGUAGUAGUAACAGCAGCAGCAACAACAACAACAAGAACUGGGAAUUAAGUAAAAAUUUGAAAGUAAAAAAAGCAACAAAAAAAGCCAACAGAGUAACACUAAUUAGGAAUACAUUUUUUUGUUGUUUGUUUGUUUGUGUUUUUUUGUCAAAUUGUGUAUAUAUUAUUAUAUUAUAUUAUUAUGGAUCGAAAUUAUAAUUAUCCAGUUUCUCGUGAUUUUUUCAGUCACUCACAAACUUCAUCACUUUUUGUGCCCAAUGGACAUAGUUCGGAUAGUGAUUUAUUUUUUCAUCCCUCACUGAUUGAUCCUCACCACCACCAUCACCAUCAUCAUCAUCAUCAUCCGGCUAGUGCUGCUGCUGCUGCAGCCCAUCAUCAUCAUCACCAUCAACAGUCUAUGGUUGCUGCAGUGGCUCAUCAUGCCCACAACAUGAUUACACCUUCCCAUUUAACGAUGCACCAUCACCCUGGUACACAUCAUCAUCCCUCUUCAACGGCAGCCCUUCUCAGGUACAUGAGAUCAACUCCCAGUUCAGUGAAACAGGAGAUUAUGACUUGUCUAUGGAUUGAUCCGAAUCAACCUUCUCCAAGGAAAACCUGUAAUCGUUCAUUUCCAGGUAUGGGUGACAUUGUGCAACACAUAACCCAUGAUCAUGUUGGUGGACCCGAGUGCUCCAAUCACACCUGUUACUGGGAAGAUUGUCCUCGUAACGGGAAACCCUUCAAAGCCAAGUACAAAUUGGUUAACCAUAUUAGGGUUCAUACGGGUGAAAAGCCCUUUGCAUGUACAGUUUGUAACAAAGUUUUUGCCCGAAGUGAAAAUCUCAAGAUUCACAGGCGAACUCAUACAGGAGAAAAGCCAUUUAAAUGUGAAUAUGAAGGUUGUGACCGAAAAUUUGCCAACUCUUCUGACCGUAAGAAGCAUAGUCAUGUUCAUACAAGUGACAAACCUUACAACUGCAAGAUUCGAGGUUGUGAUAAGAGUUAUACCCAUCCAAGUUCACUGAGGAAACACAUGAAAGUUCACGGUCGUAGUCCACCUCCAUCCUCACUUGACGGUGAUACAACCAUGAGGAAUACAUCGUCUGCCCCACUAUCAACAACGGGUGACCUAAUUGAUUCAAAAAGUGAACUUCAAGCUAAACUGUUGGGUACACCGUUAGGCAAUUUAAACUCAUCCAACACCAACAACAACAAUAAUAAUAAUGUUAAUAAUUUAAAUUUAAACAACCUUAGCCCAAACUCAUCUUCAAACCACAGCAAUCACGGAACAAGUUCAAUCAAUGGCAACUCAUCUUCAUCGGAUUUACUUCAUCACUCACACCUUUCGGGACACCAUCCAAGCCACCUUCAGCCACCCUCUCAACAAUCCCAACAACAACAUCAACAUCACACUUCACCUUCAUCCAAUUCAAACUCAUCUCUGUACCAUUCACCUCUUCACCAUCAUGGUUCACCACUCCAACCACCUGGACUAGUAGCACCAACAUCCCAUCAUCAUGCACCUCACCAUCAUCAACACUCUCUCUAUUCACAUCCAUCCCAUCAUCCACACCACCAUCCACACCAUGGGCCAACCUCAGCCUCUUCCCAUCACCCCUUAAUCAACCAUUCAAAUCAUUUACAAAAUGUAAAUCAUUCAAGCAAUGGUAACACAAACAGCAACACUGGCAACAACAGCAACAAUCCAAGUAACGGUAACACCAACAACUCGACCAACAACAGCAACAGUUUAACGCCAACCUCAUCCAGCAAUGGAAGUAACACCAACAAUUCAAGCAACAACUCGAGUAACACCAGUAACAAUCCAUCAAACAAUGUUAAUAGCAAUUCAAAUAGCAACAGUAACAGCAGUAGCAACACCAAUUUGUACGGUGCUCUUGGACCUCACAAUGGACUCCAUCCAUACACUAAUUUUUCCUCCCUUUCCAAUCGUAGUAACAACAAUUUAACCGGUAACACACCGGUCUUCAAUUCAAAUUCACUUCAUCACGGGACCCAUUUAACUGAUUGGUAUGUUUGCCAUCCAAAUGGACCAGGUGGACUUCCCACACCGCCUUCAAAUGAACUCUCACCAGUGGCUAAUGCACCCUCCUUAUACCCAGGUCAUACUCUACCUCAUAUGUCUCAUCUUCAUGUUGCAACUUCAUAUUAAAUUAAUUAAUUAAUUA